AUGAACCUUACCGUACUGGCUGAACUGAUUGAGCUCCGUGCCAAGGCUGAAGCGGAAUUAUUAUGUGCUCAUUAUGAAACUUAUACACCUAUUCGGUUUAUUCUAAUCACAAUCGCAACGGUCAUUGCGUGUCUUGGAACUAUUGGAAAUGCAUUGUUGCUCAUUGUGUUUUCAUCUAACAAUAAGCAGAUCUCUAACACACCAGCCACUUUGUAUCCGUCUGUACUUGCCUGUCUGGAUCUUGCAAUUUGCUUCGAAUACAUUCUUUUAUUCGGUGUAGACGCGUUAGUCAGCUACUUAAAAAUUGAGAGCCUAUUCUCACUAUAUUAUGUCUACAUCGUUCCUGCCUACGUGAUGGCUCGAAUCACUCAGCUGGCUAUCCCUUAUAUGCUCAUUUUCGCCACACUUGAACGCCUCUUCUGGACGUCCAAGAACAAAAGCAACCUAUUGAAAGCAUUUCACUCUUCUACAGGACGACACAUUACAGUUAUUGUUUCUUUGGCUAUGUGCAUUUUGCUAAGAUCUCCUAGCGCAUUUGCUAUCCAAGUGGAUGAUUAUCCAAAGUGUCCAGACUUCUUCAGAACUAAAACCACAAAUCCAAGAGAAUGGGCUCAAGAAAGUGAGCUCUACCACUUCUUCGAUUUCCAAGUGAUGACCAUUGCUCAGACUCUUGUUCCAUUUGUUCUGCUGGUUGGACUCAAUUUGAUUAUUGUGAGAAGAAUGUGCUCGGAUAGUGUGCAGAAGGAAAAGCAACCAGAGCCAACAGAAGUUUGUUUCCAAGAGGAUCGGUUGUUAACACAGAUUACUCCAGUUCACAAAUCGUCUACCUCAAUGGGUCUUUCAUUCCCUUUGAAAAGCAUGUCUCCUGCAGUGAGAAGUGCUGUUUUCACAAUGGCAGCUAUCGUAACUUCUUAUCUGAUUUCAAAUAUUCUUCACCUCAGUCUCACAGUCCUGGAAAGAUCAGGACAUCAAAUUCUGAAAUCCGAAGAGGACCCACAGAUGUCUUCCACUUUCCAUACUUUCUUUUCGGACUUGGUUUCCUUCGUUUACAUGUUCACAUCUGCCAUUCGCAUCGUCAUUUAUUACCUUUGCAAUCCUAAAAUCCGAGGGGACCUCAUAGAUUUCUUCGCAAAUCGAAAGAACGCUGUUUAUCUUUAA